AUCAUUGCAGAGGUGAUGUGCUCAGCUGAAAUGCACGUUGUCGUUGGCGUGACAGAUCGAGCGCAAACGGAAACCCGAUGAUUGGACACCUUACGAUGUAACCCCUCCUCCUUGCAUACCGAGUUUAAACACCAUACAGCUCCAAUCAAGAGUCCAAUUCCGCCCCGUGGAACUUAAACCCAAAGCCUAUUUACCUGCACGUCCAACCCGAACGAGCCCAGCGUUUAUGAUACGUCUACCCAUCACCACCGAAUCUAGUAAGUGUACAUACUUUAAUCCAUAUAAACAUACUCACGUCCCUCUAACUUACUGCACGCAAUGCUGUGAAUAUCCUUCAAGUCAAUUCACCCAAAUACCCACCACUGGCUAUAGCUUAAUCUCCGCAAUCAAUAAAAACCUGCACCUUGCGCUAUAAAAAAACCAUGUCAAACCCGCCAAGAAGAAGAACCGACACCAUCAACAAAUUCACCUUCACCCGCCCCGGCGACGUCGUUUACGAAUUCCCCAAAUAUACCUCCGCCUCCUGCAAAGUCCGCAUCACUUUACCUCCAGGCAGCACCUGGACCUCAGGCCCACAUUGGCAUGAAAAGCGCGUCGAAUACUUCCGCGUCGUGCAAGGCGCCGCCUGGUUCACCCUAAACGGGGAAUACAAAGUCUAUCGGCCGUCGGAUGGCAACGUGCCGAUCCCAUUAUUCACGGUCCAUGAAUGGGGUCGAGCUCCCGAGCAAGAAGAGGGGGAUUUAAUUGUCGAUGAGUGGACGGCGCCGGCGGAUUCGUUCAAGAUUGCGUUCUUCCGUAACUUGAAUAGUGUCAUUCUGGAUGAGACGAGUGAUGGGAAGACACCGCCGAGAAGUGAGUGGUGGUUGACGCUGCAGCUGUGGGUGAUUUGCCAUGGCUUGGAUAAUUGGCCCGUGUUUUGUAGAGGGUUCUUUGGCGUGCAGUGGGUUGUUACGCAUGUGUUUUUGGGUUUGGUUGCGUUGGUGGGUUCGGCGGUCUGGGGGUUGAGGGCUGCUUAUGAUGAGUAUACGGCACAGGGGAUUAAGGAGGUUAUUCGAGCUGCUAAGGAGGGGAAGAGGGUGAAGAGAAGAGGUGUUGAUUGAUUGAUUGAGUGCAAGUUGUUUUGUGUAUAGUGUUUGCCACGUCAGGGUUGGAUGUGGGUUGAACGUUAGGCUGCCUGCAUGAUAUGUGAUACUCUCGUUGCCAAGUAUGCAG